AUGGGUCACGGACGUCUCCGUGGGAACGGUCACGGAUGGGUCACGGACGUCUCCGUGGGAACGGUCACGGACGUCUCCGUGGGACCGGUCACAGACGUCUCCGUGGGACCGGUCACAGACGUCUCCGUGGGAACUGUGGGACCGGUCACAGACGUCUCCGUGGGAACUGUGGGACCGGUCACAGACGUCGCCGUGGGAACUGUGGGACCGGUCACAGACGUCGCCGUUGGAACGGUCACGGACGUCUCCGUGGGAACGGUCACGGACGUCUCCGUGGGAACGGUCACGGACGUCUCCGUGGGAACGGUCACGGACGUCUCCGUGGGAACGGUCACGGACGUCUCCACGGGAACGGUCACGGACGUCUCCGUGGGAACGGUCACGGACAUCUCCGUGGGAACGGUCACAGACGUCUCCGUGGGACCGGUCACAGACGUCUCCGUGGGAACUGUGGGACCGGUCACAGACGUCUCCGUGGGAACUGUGGGACCGGUCACAGACGUCUCCGUGGGAACUGUGGGACCGGUCACAGACGUCUCCGUGGGAACUGUGGGACCGGUCACAGACGUCUCCGUGGGAACUGUGGGACCGGUCACAGACGUCUCCGUGGGAACUGUGGGACCGGUCACGGACGUCUCCGUGGGAACGGUGGUCACGGACGUCUCCGUGGGAACGGUGGUCACGGACGUCUCCGUGGGAACGGUGGUCACGGACGUCUCCGUGGGAACGGUGGUCACGGACGUCUCCGUGGGAACGGUGGUCACGAACGUCUCCGUGGGAACGGUGGUCACGGACGUCUCCGUGGGAACGGUCACGGACGUCUCCGUGGGAACGGUCACAGACGUCUCCGUGGGAACGGUCACAGACGUCUCCGUGGGACCGGUCACAGACGUCUCCGUGGGACCGGUCACAGACGUCUCCGUGGGAACUGUGGGAACGGUCACAGACGUCCCUGUGGGACCGGUCACAGACGUCUCCGUGGGAACGGUCAGAGACGUCUCCGUGGGAACGGUCAGAGACGUCUCCGUGGGAACGGUCACGGACGUCUCCGUGGGAACGGUCAGAGACGUCUCCGUGGGAACGGUCACGGACGUCUCCGUGGGAACGGUCACGGACGUCUCCGUGGGAACGGUCACGGACGUCUCCGUGGGAACGGUCACGGACGUCUCCGUGGGAACGGUCACCGACGUCUCCGUGGGAACGGUCACCGACGUCUCCGUGGGAACGGUCACCGACGUCUCCGUGGGAACGGUCACCGACGUCUCCGUGGGAACGGUCACGGACGUCUCCGUGGGAACGGUCACGGACGUCUCAGUGGGAACGGUGGUCACAGACGUCUCCGUGGGAACGGUCACAGACGUCUCCGUGGGAACGGUCACAGACGUCUCCGUGGGAACGGUCACAGACGUCUCCGUGGGACCGGUCACAGACGUCUCCGUGGGACCGGUCACAGACGUCUCCGUGGGACCGGUCACAGACGUCUCCGUGGGACCGGUCACAGACGUCUCCGUGGGACCGGUCACAGACGUCACAGGAGCCGGGCGUUUGCUCCUCUCGAGGUGA